AUGCACGUAUCAAGCGCCGGUUGCGACAAUGGAAACAUCCGUAUCAAGUACCAAAUGGAGCAAGAUCAUCUACAGAGAUUUUUUACUAUAGGUCUUGCUUUACGCUUGGAGCCACUGCCAAAACUUAGUUACGAUCUUGUCAAAAGAAACCAAGAGAACAAUGAUGCUAGAGAUGCAUUUGAUAUUGGGCAAGGACAGCGGCUUAAGCCACGCAUCUCUACAUUUUCACCAACUACAUUCGACCAUGUAAAGGAAUUCCUUUCCGAUUCAAGAUUGUGUGAAUGCGUUAGAACAUGGUCUGAAAUUUUUUCAAUUCUAGAUGCUGCUGAUGAUGAUCCUCAUUUCAGUAAAUUGCGGCAUUUUUUUGAUGCUCGACUUAGCACCUUAAUGGAUCUGUACCGACAAGAUGAUGGCUUUGAAGAAGAACCAGAUGACAUAACACCGACUCGAUUGGAGCGAAAGAGUUCUGUUAAGAGUAGUUCACGCGCACCCAAGCGACUUCAAUGGCCACGUCGAGCUAGCGCCUCCACUGCCGAUCAAAGUCUUCACCCAGCGCGCUCCAUCUUUGGAUCAGUAAGGAAACCAAGCAGCUCUCACAAGCCAAAUGAAUUUGAGAAAAGUUUCUCCGAUAAAUUCGACCUUUGGCUAGAUGAUCAUGAACCAAGGCGUGUGCGGUUUGGUGUACGCUUGGACCUUGAUCGCGUUUGCCUUGCAAACUCUCGUAACCAAGCAUCUGACAUGAAUUCUAAAAAGCCUUUUCACGUGUCCGAUGCAAGGCUUAAAUUCACAGAAGGUCUAGAUCCUGAACAUGAAGAACCCUCUAUAAGAAGUGAUGACAAUGCUGGAUCUAUUACUUCUCGCCGUUCUUUCGUCCAACGCAUGUUUGAGAAAGGACUUCGUCGCGAGAGUCAAAAUUCUUCAAACCCGCCCACAUGGCUUCAAAAUCAUGAAGACAUGACUAACGCAUCAAAUCAAGCGUUUGAUGAUUCAGAUGAGGAGCAAGAGGCUUCGCCUUUUGGUUCGCCUGGUUGCUCCACUACUCGCCACGGAUCGGUGCCCAGCAAUGCAUCUCGACCCCAGCUUAAUGGGGCUUCCAAAGCAGCAGAACUUGAACGCGUCGAAGAAAAAUCUGCCGUUGAUUUAAAUGAAAAGCUCAUACGAGGCGUGCAUUAUUUAGGAUUGAAUGAUGCGCAGCCUGUCUCAUAUUUCAAGGAAGGGCAGGAUUUUAUUAGUUUGCUUCGCAAGGCAUCUGUUCAAAUGCAAACUCUUCCAUGGUCUUACGGCCAACAAGAUCCACUCUCUACAAUCAUCACGUAUGCUUUCGCAGAUGCUUUUGGAUGGGAGGGCAUUCUUCAUCUGUGUUACGGGAAACACAGUGCAUGCGAACGUGAGCAGAUUUUCUCAGCACUAGGACGUGCCGCAGAUAUGGAAUUGCAUCGGAAAGAGAAAUAUGAUGCUGUUCUUUCAUGGAGAGAUAAAGUGUGGAGUAAUAGCGACAAAGAAACGCUUUGUGAGGACGAAACUCCCCAAACUCUCCCGUCUUUUAACUCCGAAUCCGACCAAAUUAAAUCAAGCCAAGAACCUCAAAAAGAUGAAAUAAUUCUAGAUCCUUUGUCCAAGGAUUCGGACGCUAGCUGCUACAAGUCUUCUCACGAUAAAUGGAGGACUUGGGAAGAUUGGAGACUGUUAUUUACAAGUCUCUCGGCGUGGGUGUCAGAGUACGAGACUACUCGUGUGCAAUCUUGUCUUUCUCAUGAAUACAACCUAGAAAAUGUAUUCCAAACAAGACCGUGUGAGACAUGUCCUAAUGUGCUCCCUUUGAGUGUCGAAAAAGAUGCGAUUAGCAGUCAAUUCGGCUUUUGGCGUCUUUCUGGAAUACCGAGUGCUCUUCGGCUUGAAUCAAACCAAGAACACAUGGACUAUCGAUGGGCUCGCGUCAGGCUCGAAAGCAGUAUGAUUGGGACGCCGUUGGUCAUGACUACGGCGGGGGUUCAGUUCUUUUUGAUGCAGCUAACUUCAGCCCCAUGGGUGUAUCACGGAGCGUGGGAGUUGGACUACUUGGACAAAUGCAUCUUCGAAUCAUCCAUCACAAGAGAACGUUUCCCUCCACCUGGAGACUCAGUUGUAACUCCUCUCAGCCCAUCUUAUUCCAAACGGGAAAAUCGCGUUGAAUGCCCUUAUCCAAGCGUGAGGGGAGCGUGGAGCCCGGACGAAUGGAAGAAAUGGCUAGGUGGUUUGAGAGAAGGGCAUAUCAUCACCCCAACAAUCUCUUGGCAAGGAUGGUGGACUUUGAUCGCAGUUUUAAAUGGAGCAGACCAUUCUGGGCGUCCUUUUGAUCUUCAAUUGCGUGCACCCGGGGAUCCCGUUCAGCCUGAUGAAGAUGGCUCAAUUUAUUUGUAA